CGCGUGGUACAGCCGAGCUUCCCCUCUGUUUCGCCGUGUUUUUGCUGCCGUUUCGCCGUGCUUCUGCCGCUAUUCAACCUAUGUUCCGUCGCGUGGUACAGCCUCAGUUCAGACGCCGUUCCGCCGCUGCUCAGCCCUCUGUUCAGCCAUCUCCGUCGAGUUAUAAAGCUCCAGCUCCCUCUCCCUCCUCUGUUGAUUUCCAGAACGUGUGAAAGCCUAAGAAAACAAAGCAAAGCAUGAAAACAUGAAGUCCCUCACAGUCACAGCCAGUGUUUUGAACCCCACAAAUCAAACACCGGCCAACAAACUCCACUUCUUCCACUCUCACUCUCUCUCAUUCUCACUCUUCUUCCCACACACGUCAUCAAACUUGAAAUGCCACCAUCAAACGCCAAUCAUCACAGCAUGCUCUUCUUCUUCUUCUCCGAUCGAAAUCGACAUGGUGAAGAACAACCAAGGAAUCUACACCCCUAAGCACCCCAAAGUAGUCGUCCUCUGGGACCUCGACAACAAGCCCCCACGAGGACCCCCAUACGACGCCGCACGCUCCCUCACGCGCCUCGCAACUCACCUCGGCAACGUCGUCGACAUCUCCGCCUACGCCAAUCGCCACACAUUCAUCCACCUCCCGCAGUGGGUCCUACAGGAUCGCCGGCAGAGAAAGCACCUCGACGUGCUGGAACGGAAGGGCCUGGUGGUGCCGUCAGAGCCCUACAGGUGUUCCGUCUGCGGGAGAAAAUGUCGCACCAAUCUGGAUCUGAAGAAGCAUUUCAGGCAGUUGCAUGAACGAGAGAGGCAGAAGAAGCUUAAUCGGAUGAAAUCCUUGAAAGGGAAGAAACGGCAGCGUUUUAAAGAGAGGUUUAUUCAGGGGAAUGAAAAGUAUAAUGAGGCUGCUAGGUCUCUCAUCAGGCCCAAGAUUGGUUAUGGGCUAGCUUCAGAGCUGAGGAGGGCUGGGGUAUAUGUGAAGACUGUGGAGGAUAAGCCUCAGGCUGCAGAUUGGGCAUUGAAGAGGCAGAUGCAGCACUCAAUGACCAGGGGGAUUGAUUGGCUGGUUUUGGUUUCAGAUGAUUCGGAUUUCGCAGAGAUGUUGAGGAGAGCAAGAGAGAGGGAAUUGGGGACAGUGGUCGUUGGGGAUUGGGAUAGGGCACUGGGGAGGCACGCCGAUUUGUGGUUUCCUUGGAUUGAUGUUGAGAAUGGGAAUGUCUCGGAGAAGGAUCUGGUGAUCGAGAACAGCAGGAGUAGGGCUCGAAGGGACGGUUUUGUCGUGGAAGAAGAAGAUGAUGAUGGGUUUUUUUCAUUGUCGAGAUUUGACAGUGGUGGUGGUCAUGGGAGUAGUGAUUUGGAUGAGCUUGUAGAUGAACUUGCAGCAGCGAGGACUGAUUUUACUGCGGCAAUUUCAGAGGAGGAUGAAGACGAUUAUCUGUUGGGGAGUAGUGAGGAUGAAUACAUAGAAGAUUAUGAUGAAGACAGUGAUCAAGAAGAUGAUGGGUUCUAUUGACAUGGCAGCUAUGAACCAAUGAUUGAUUCUUUUCUAUGAGCAAUUCUUAUUAUAGCGUCUUGGAAUCUCUGUAUAUAUUCUUGUGGAAAGCUAAAAUGUGGACCAAAAAGGAAACAAUUGUCACUUUUUUGGACCUUACGGUACCAAAAAGUGGUGGGAAUGAUCUUAUCUUUGGAGGAUUGAAAUGAAGUACCAGUAUUUUUUUAAACAGGGAUAUGUUGGUUUCAGAGUCAAAUUUUUUUAUUGGAGGAGGAAUGGGAAUAACCAAUUGAAUGGAGGAUAAUGUUAUGUGGCAACUUGAACUCAUGGCAUCUAUAGCUGAUGGAGUAUGGUUCCUCCUGCUAUAAAAAUGAGGUCUUUGUUUUAACGAUGCUGCCUGCAAUUCUUUUUUCUUCAGCAUUCUGCUAUAGGUAGUGCUGGUUCAAGAUUCAAGCUUUUGAAUGGUAUAUAUUUACUGUGAAGCAUUUCAAAUUAUUUUUUUCUUAUUAAUAAGACUCUAUUUAUUUCCCAAGUAUAUUAUAACCAUAUUUAACAGAGAAAUUGAAGGUUUUUGUGUCA